AUGUGUCUAUGUGGUGGUGAUGGUGGUGUUGGUGUUGGUGGUAGUGGUGAUGGUGGUGUUGGUGGUUGUGAUGAUGGUUGUGGUGGUGGUGAUGGUGGUAGUGGUGAUGGUGGUGGUGGUGAUAGUGGUGGUGGUAGUGGUGGUGGUGGUGAU